GGAACGCAAACGCGACUAUACUCAACAGCAACAACGAACGACUACAAGCAAGCCAGCAGGCAGGAUCUUUAAGUGAAAAAAAUACACAACGUGAUUAUAUACUACGGAAUUUAUUAUUACUUAUUAAUAGUUCACUAGACCUGUGAUGUUGAUGCGUUUGUUUUUUUAAAAUUACUAUCUAAAUAAGUUGUAUUUAUUAAUUAGAUAUUAUGGCGGUUGAUAAAUUGUGGAAAUCAGAGUUAUGGAAAUCAUGGGAUAAGCAUGGCAAAAAUGAUUACCUCAAGAUAUUCAAGAACGAAUUCACGAAAGGCAACACCACAGAAUGGCUACGAGGAUUAUACGAAUUGAUCUCAAACGGCAGCCAGGGGACUCUCAAAAAAGACAAUGCUGUUUCUACUUUAGCAGAACUUGUGACCAUCGAUCCCAGCGUGGCGUCAGCAGUCGCGGAUAUAUUUGCCCUGAUAGAUGCAGAAGUGGUCAACGACAACCGCAACAAUUUUUACUAUAUCGUAAAAGAAAGCGAAAAGUUUUUAACAGACAGAACUUUGAAGGAACGUCUUGAAAUUGAUACCCUCCAGGAUGUUGGUACUUUAAAGAACCGUAAUUUUCAAACAAAAUUUAUCAAAGUUAAAACUAAACUUUACUACAAGCAGCGAAAAUUUAAUUUGUUCCGUGAAGAAAGUGAAGGUUAUUCAAAACUAAUAGUAGAAUUAAAUCAAGAAAGAUCUCCGGAUCAAGUGAUAACAACAUUGGAGAUCGUAAAGUCCUUAAUUGGUUGCUUUAAUCUCGAUCCUAAUCGAGUGCUAGAUAUAAUACUCGAGACCUUUGAAAACAGACCGCAGGAUGACGCGUUGUUCAUCCCACUAAUAAGGUCAUACAUGAGCGACCACCAAGUACUGUGUGAAGUAUUGGGUUUUAAAUACGGAGGGAAUGUCGAAGCGACACCUUUUUCCCUGCAGAAGGUCACUGCAUUGAUGCUCCAGCACGGUGUGAUUGACUUGGAUAACAUUUUACCGUGGCUGGUGCCUGACGACAAGGCGAUAAGAAAAGACCACGAGCAGACGAUGCGUCAAGCUAAAGAGUACGUAAGUAAAAUGAGCGUGAUAUCAACGAGAGACAAGGAAGAAGCUCCAGUGGAAGAAAAGGAAGUAAUUCAUGAUAAGUACACCGGCAAUCAAUGGUUCGGACUCUGCGAAGCUUUGCUUGAAAUCGGAGCUUGGGACGUGGCUCAGAAAUUGUUUAAUAAAUUACCGGACCACUGUAUGACUGAUCAACGACCUAUUGCACUUGCUCUGUGCAAAUUGAUCCAGUCUUUAAUCGAGCCGGUCUAUCGCAAGCACUGCGUUGUAACUCCGAAAUUACCCGGUCGUAAAAUUGAACCUCCGACGUCCCGGCUAGCUCCGGAGCCGAUUAAAAGCAUCGCGGAUCUUCACGACAAAUUGCUGCCUAUGUUGAUUAUUUUGGGACCUAAUUUACACCACGAUCCUAUUCUUAUGUACAAAAUAAUGAGGUUGUGUCACGUUGCUAUCAAAGAGUGUCCGCUGGACUCGGGCAAACAGCCAAUCGAUAAAUCCAAUACUAUUUAUUAUGACAUAAUUACUAUUCUUGACGUUGCUCUGCUCCCCUCACUAUCUUUCAUGGACUGCAAUUGCUGUGUCGCGGAGGAAAUGUGGAACAUUCUUAAGUACUUUCCGUAUCAAAAUAGGUAUUGUCUGUACGCAAGGUGGAAGAAUGAUACUCCUCUUCAGCACGCGGCUUUGUUGAGAAAACGUGCUGACGCUCAGAAAAAAAUCAAAGCUAUCAUGAAGCGUGUUAGUAAGGAGACUAUUAAACCUGUUGGAAGGUCUAUUGGCAAACUUACUCACUCGUCUCCUGGAGUUCUUUUUGAUUAUAUUCUUAUUCAAAUUCAACUUUAUGAUAAUUUGAUCGGACCUGUAGUGGAUUCACUUAAAUAUUUAACUAACAUUUCAUACGACGUAUUGGGCUACUGUCUUGUAGAAGCAUUAGCUGGUGCAGAUCGUGACAGAUUAAAGCACGAUGGCAAUAGUAUUUCACUUUGGCUGCAGUCCUUGGCGUCUUUCUGCGGCGCGAUAUUUAAAAAGUACAACAUUGAAUUAACCGGGCUGCUUCAGUAUGUUGCUAAUCAACUGAAAGCACAGAAAAGUUUGGAUCUGUUGAUACUCAAAGAAAUCGUCCAGAAAAUGGCCGGAGUGGAAGCUGCUGAGGAAAUGACCUCCGAUCAAUUAGACGCAAUGGCCGGUGGCGAUUUACUUAAAAAUGAAGCCGGCUAUUUUAGUCAAGUUCGUAAUACGAAAAAAUCAUCGUUGAGACUUAAAGAAGCUCUCUCGGAAAAUGAUUUAGCUGUGGCUUUGUGUUUGUUGAUGGCGCAGCAAAAACAUUGUGUUGUUUAUCGUGAAACUGACCAAUCUCAUCUUAAACUUGUCGGAAAACUUUAUGAUCAAUGUCACGAUACGCUCGUGCAAUUUGGUACAUUCUUAGGGUCUACACUAACAGUAGAUGAGUAUGUCGAAAAAUUACCAAGUAUUCAUGGAAUGCUUCAAGAUUAUCACAUCCAUGCUGAUGUAGCAUUUUUCCUUGCACGUCCAAUGUUUGCUCAUGCUAUCAAUAUGAAGUAUGACGUUUUGCGUAAAGCUGAUCCAAAUUACAAAAAAAUGUCUUCGGCGUUGAAGCAAUCUAAAUGGGCAGAAGCUGCUCAGAACGUAAUGGCACCCAUAGCACUGUCUGUCAGACCCUUACACCCUCUAAAAGUAUGGGAAGACAUUUCACCUCAGUUCCUUGUGACUUUCUGGUCCUUAUCCAUGUACGAUCUCUUUGUCCCCGCUGACAGUUAUCAUCGUGAAAUAACCAAGCUAAAACAGCAAGCUGCCAUAGUUGCUGAUUCCAAAGACAUGAAUGUUAGCAAAGGCAAAAAAGAACAAGAUCGUUACACUGCGCUGAUUGAAAAGUUGCAGGAUGAAAAACGAAAGCAGGAAGAACAUGUUGAAAAAGUCUUUGCGUAUUUACGGCAAGAAAAAGAUUCAUGGUUUUUAUCACGAAGUGCUAAGUCCGCAAAAAAUGAAACAAUCACACAAUUCUUACAACUUUGUUUGUUCCCAAGAUGUACUUUCACAACUGUUGACGCGAUGUACUGCGCUAAAUUUGUUCAUACUAUCCAUUCACUCAAGACUGCUAAUUUUUCCACCCUUUUAUGUUACGACAGACUAUUUUGUGAUAUCACUUACUCAGUAACUUCUUGCACGGAAAAUGAAGCUAAUCGUUACGGACGUUUUCUCUGUGCCAUGCUUGAAACUGUAAUGAGAUGGCAUUCUGAAAAAGCUAUAUUUGAUAAAGAAUGUAGCAAUUAUCCUGGAUUUGUUACUAAAUUCCGAGUAAGUAAUCAAUUCUCGGAAGCUAAUGAUAUGGUUGGAUUUGAAAAUUACAGACACGUGUGUCAUAAAUGGCAUUAUAAAAUUACUAAGGCAAUUGUUGUCUGUUUGGAUUCGAAAGACUACGUACAAAUACGUAAUUCCUUAAUUAUAUUGAUUAAAAUUCUACCGCAUUUCCCGGUACUUGCUAAAUUAUCACAGAUUUUGGAGCGGAAAGUUGAGAAGGUUCGUGAAGAAGAACGCGGGCAGCGACAAGAUUUGCAUGUGCUCGCGACUUCGUAUUGUGGACAACUGAAGGCUAAAGCGCCCCAAAUGAUUCGUGAAUCUGAUUUUCAUCAUGUUGGUGAUAAGGCGGGAAAAACGCAAGAAACUAGCAACACUGAAACUUCUGAAAAAACAAGCAAUGGAGUUCCUGCUAAAGAAGUCAGUAGCAAUGGAGAUACAAGAGUUGAUAAAGACACUAAAGAUCAACGGGAUAAACGGACUCCAAGUCAAACUUACCAUGAUAGCACUGAAAAAACACGGAAGAAAGAAGAACCAAAAGAAGCGCCAGAACUCAAAGAGAAGUAUGUAAAAAAAGAGGAAAUAAAAGAGGAUGAUACGACGGAUAAAAAAGAUCGAAAAUAUUAUAAAGAAGAUCAUUAUUAUAGUGGCGUUGAUAAUUUAGACCGUGAUCUUUCUAGUGUGUCCAACAGCAGCGCUAGCUCUGGUCAAGCUCAAGAUGGUCCCGAUCGAGAACCGAAAAGAAGAAAAAUAGAAAGCAUUCCUAAGGAAAGCAGACGUACGGAUAGCAGUAGCGAGAAAAAAGAGCGUUCUAGUAAGACGAAAGUUCGCGACGAGCAAAAGGAGUUAAGAAGGGAGAAGAAACUCGGACGGAAAAGAGAUCGAACGGACGACGCAGUAGCUGCAGCUGAACAGAAACGAAGAAAAGAUGAUGAUAGAGAAAUUAUUAUUACAGCUAAAGCUCAUCAAAAUGGAGACUUACCAGAACAUCGAGAAAAACACCAUUAUCCUAAAGAAAAAUCCCCGUAUGGAAAAGAACGUACCCAUGAACGCGAAGGCCGUGAAGGAAGAGAUAAACAUAGGAGGAGUUCAGACCCAAAACGAAGAUGAUGUAUCACAGAAGAUUUUUGAAUCACAUUUUAUAUUACACUUAAACGUUGUAUGUAAUAAUGAUAUUAAUAAUUAAGAAAUAAAAUUUGAAUUUGAAUUGAAUAAAUAAAAUUCUUAAAACUAAAUAAAUAAAUAAAAUAAA